GACAAGAUGCAGAGUCAGUAUAUGGGACCAUAUAUUGUUGUCAAGCAGAGAUCCGGAGGCACAUACAUAGUGGCCAAACUCAACAGUUCAAUAUUCCAGCAUAUGAUUGCCAAGUUCAGGGUGAUACCCUACCUGGCCUGGAAAGACAUGUCAAGCGCAGUGGAGACAGUCCUCUGA